AAUAGGCGUAUGAGAAGAUGCUCAAUUUCAUACGUCAUUAGGGAAUGGCAAAUAAAAAUCACAAGAUAACACUACACUCAUGUUAGGACGGCUAAAACUCAACCUAGUCUUUAUUCACUCUGAGCUGGUGAGUAAUUUCCCAUGGUAAAAAUAUGUCCGUUUGCACCCGAAGAGUGAAGCCUGACUCCCAAAGGUGCACGCAACACCUGAGGGGAGGGGGCGUGGCGCUUUCAGCCUUAGCGCUCGUGCGAGACUAAAAGCAGUUAGGACUGCCCCUGGCGCCUGAUUAAAAUAUCUAAUUCCAGCUGUCGGGGAUUUUUUUCCCCUGCAUCCUACUAGUAUAUUAACUUUUAUUUAUGAUAAAUGUCAAUACAUUUUUAUUAAUUUCUGAGAGUCCUCUCAGACUCAUUUCAAUUGGGCAUGCAUUCGUCCUGAGUUGCCUUUUGUCCCCAGCCCAUUGUAAGCCCUCCAUAAAGUUUGCAGCUUAGAAUGAUGAUGUAACUUUUGCUAGAAACAACCUUCCCACACCCCAAACCAAAUCGUACCACCUCACAGGGGGCUUGGCGGGGAAGGAACUGAGGGGGUUGUUUUUGUUUUCGUUUUUCUCAGGCAUUUCGGUAGCUGCCUAUUAUCCUGGGGGCGGUGCCGCGUGUAGACCCGAUGGACCCUGGCGAGGCGGCCAUUUUGGAGUCUUCCCGAAGGAGCUGCAACCGGCUUUUCGCGCUGGUCGCGGCGGCCUUGCUGGGCAGAAUGAAUGUGAUAGACCACUUGCGAGACAUGGCGGCAGCGGGGCUGCACUCCAACGUGCGGCUCCUCAGCAGCUUGUUACUUACUAUGAGUAAUAACAACCCUGAGUUAUUCUCCCCAUCUCAGAAGUACCAGCUUUUGGUGUAUCACGCAGAUUCUCUCUUUCACGAUAAGGAAUAUCGGAAUGCUGUGAGUAAGUAUACUAUGGCUUUACAGCAGAAGAAAGCCUUAAGUAAAACUUCAAAAGUGAGACCUUCAACUGGAAAUUCUGCAUCCACUCCACAAAGUCAGUGUCUUCCAUCUGAAAUUGAAGUAAAAUACAAAAUGGCUGAAUGUUAUACAAUGCUAAAACAAGAUAAAGAUGCCAUUGCUAUUCUUGAUGGGAUCCCUUCAAGACAAAGAACUCCCAAAAUAAACAUGAUGCUGGCAAACCUGUACAAGAAGGCCGGUCAGGAGCGACCUUCAGUCACCAGCUAUAAGGAAGUGCUGAGGCAGUGCCCAUUAGCCCUUGAUGCCAUUCUAGGUUUGCUGUCCCUUUCUGUAAAAGGUGCAGAGGUGGCAUCAAUGACGAUGAACGUGAUCCAGACCUUGCCUAACUUAGAUUGGCUCUCUGUGUGGAUCAAAGCGUAUGCUUUUGUGCACAUUGGUGACAACUCGAGAGCAAUCAAUACCAUCUGUUCACUAGAGAAAAAGUCCUUAUUGAGAGAUAACGUGGACCUACUGGGAAGCUUAGCAGAUCUGUACUUCAGAGCUGGAGACAAUAAAAACUCUGUCCUCAAGUUUGAACAGGCACAGAUGUUGGAUCCUUAUCUGAUAAAAGGAAUGGAUGUAUAUGGCUACCUCCUGGCACGAGAAGGGCGGCUGGAGGAUGUGGAGAACCUGGGCUGCCGCCUUUUCAAUAUUUCUGAUCAACAUGCAGAACCCUGGGUGGUCUCUGGGUGUCAUAGCUUCUAUAGCAAACGCUACUCCCGAGCCCUCUAUUUAGGAGCCAAGGCCAUUCAGCUGAACAGUAAUAGUGUUCAAGCUUUGCUACUUAAGGGAGCAGCACUUAGAAACAUGGGCAGAGUCCAAGAAGCAAUAAUCCACUUUCGGGAGGCUAUACGUCUUGCACCUUGUCGCUUAGAUUGUUAUGAAGGUCUCAUCGAAUGUUACUUAGCUUCCAACAGUAUUCGUGAAGCCAUGGUAAUGGCUAACAAUGUUUACAAAACUCUAGGAGCAAAUGCACAGACCCUUACCCUUUUAGCCACCGUUUGUCUUGAAGACCCAGUGACACAGGAGAAAGCCAAAACUUUAUUAGAUAAAGCCCUGACUCAAAGGCCGGACUACAUUAAGGCUGUGGUGAAAAAAGCGGAACUGCUUAGCAGAGAACAGAAAUAUGAAGAUGGAAUUGCUUUGCUGCGGAACGCACUAGCUAAUCAGAGUGACUGUGUCCUGCAUCGGAUCCUAGGAGAUUUCCUUGUAGCUGUCAAUGAGUAUCAGGAAGCAAUGGACCAGUAUAGUAUAGCACUAAGUUUGGACCCCAAUGACCAGAAGUCUCUAGAGGGGAUGCAGAAGAUGGAGAAGGAGGAGAGUCCCACGGAUGCCACUCAGGAGGAGGAUGUGGACGACAUGGAAGGGAGUGGGGAAGAAGGGGACCUGGAGGGCAGCGACAGUGAGGCGGCCCAGUGGGCUGACCAGGAGCAGUGGUUCGGCAUGCAGUGAGGCAGGCACAGCUCCGUGGCCACACUGGCCUGCCCUGCUCUGAGCACUUCCAUGGACUGAAGGAACCUGUAGGAGCCCGCUCUCUGGGAGGACAAUGAUUCAGCAUGUGAUUGCAGCAGGGGUCUCUGCCCCUUGCUCCAUAUUUUUAGUAGUGACUUCAUUUUUAAAAACUGAGCCUGACCAACCUUCCAUAUAUCUCCAUCCUCCUCUGCUCCAGUCAGGGAGGACCAAGUGAGCGCUCAGAGGCCCUUGGACAUGUCGGGGCUUCUGGGACAGAGUGCUUUUUAUAGAACUAACUUCUAAAUCUGAAAGCUCGAGGAAUAGACAGUGUUUUGUCUGUGAUGUUGUGGAUGGGUUUAAAGGAACGACCUGUUCCCCAGAGCAAGAGUGUCAUCUCCCAGCAGCAGCAUGGACUGGCCCUUUCAGAGAGGGUUUCCUGUCCCAGAAAUCAUUAUCCUGGGCUGUCCAAACUUCCCUAGUAACCUUGCUUCCUUCUGCAAUGUUAGUAAUGCCUUAAGCUGACAGUUGCUGUUUUGCAGAACAGUUUUCCUAUUUGCUAAUCUGGUAACUUGCCUUUGAGCCUGGGCUGAAUCUGAGAAACAAGUGUGACCUAGAGCAUGAACAGAGGCGCAGUUGGGGUAAUUAAUAAAACUGUUUUUUGUACAGUAAUGGUGUUGGGUUGGUCAGAAUGGAAGCCCUUUAUAGAUUCUUUUUUUGGUCUCUUAUUUACAGUGCACUGAUUCAGCUCUAGAAGUAUUUGCCAUAAAUAGACUCCCUUUUUCUCAGAGUGCUGGGAGCUGGGAGGAUUGGGAACCUCAGGUAACACUGAGCUGGUUCAUCCAUUUGCAUUUUUGAUUGGUAAAUUCCUGGGGAGAGUCUUUGGCCAGAUUUUAGACUGAUUAUGCCUGUCUCUGUCAGGGGCGCUGAGGUCGGUGUCUGGUUUCAGCAUUCUGUUGUGGGGUCAGCAGGGGGCUCAUUCCCUGGGCUCGGGUGCUGGGAGACUACCCACCCUUUCCCCCUUGUUUAAUAUGUGAUGCUUUUGGAGGUGAAUGUAGUGGGGGGUGUCGCAGCUAACCCCAGAUUCUCAUUAAAAUUAGUCUAAGGUGGUACAAAAUGGGAAUUUGACAUAAAUGUAAAGUUCUGUCUUAAUGUGUAAAAACAUAGAAGUGUACAAUAGUUCAGGAGCUUAGAACAUCUGGUAACUGCAGUUUAAAGUGGGCAAAAAGUUACUGUUAAAGUAUCUUUCAGUAUGAGAACCAAAGCUUGGGCAGCAGCAUUUGAUGGAGCGGUUUUUAAAGAGCCCGGCAGGCAGUUGGAGUCAAGCCAGGUGAAUGUGUGGCCCAGAGAAGACACUGCUCUUUGGUGCUCGCUGCAGGAUGCAAGCUCGCCGCAGGAUGCAGGCUCAUGUCCUUCCUCAGCUCACCUCUGAGCAUCCACGAUCAGUUAGUGCUUUGGGAGAAAAAGUGAAAUCUCUCCUCUGGGGAGGAAGCCCAGCCCCACCCUCCUGAUCUUGUUUCUGCACGUCAGACUCAUCACCAUGAGCCCUGAGAUUCUCUCAGGAUCAGUCUGUGCCUUGGAACCCGCACCUGUGCCCCGCCUUCCAUCAGCAGCCUCACGUUUUUCCCCUUUCAUCUCUGCUGGGAGCCCCUGGAUCAGUCUGGCCUGUCCAUCCCAGGCCCCUCCCUCCCAGCAACACCCUGCACUGGAUUCCUCAGGCCCCUCACACCUGCAGCUCCAGUAUUUCCAUCUCGGCAGUGCUGGGGUGACAACUGGGUUGAAGUGGCAACUGAAACUAUAUUUUUAGAGCACCUGACAUAGGAUUGAAAACACUCUCAGUUUACUUCAAAGAAUCAGAGGAGUUUGAGUUGGAGGGUGCUGAAGCUCUUCCCUGCCAGUCACUUGCUCUCAUAAACAGAAAACCUCAUGAGGGUGAGGAGCCCCAGGAAGCAGGGGCACAAUCAGGCUGACCAGCCCUGUCGCUGUCCCACUGAUCCACUUGCAGGAAACCAAGCAACCUUAUAAAGGAUGCCCUUCCACAUGCCUGCAGUCACCACAGGUACCUUCUGCUGUCUGGAUUUUCGCACAGCCAAUAUGGGGAUGUUUUAACUGAUGCUUGUCAUUCCUCCUGGCUCCUUCCAGAUUGUUUGAAGCACAGGUUUGGAAUCAGACUGGGUUGGGUUCUAAAAGUCUGAGCUCACCUGUUAGUGCUGUGGGUCAGGGGCCAGGUGGUUAGCCUCCAUGCUCUGGGCUCCCUCAUCCUCUGGGCUGAGGACUGAAUAAUCCUGUGAGGAGUUCAUCAUGGUCCCCAUUGGGAACAUCAUUGCCAUCACGAGGGUAAUGGAGAUGCUAGAAUGCCAAUUCUUUCCUGGGGAACUGGGGACUGGUGGUAUCACUCUGAAGCCUUCUUGCUCUUCUCUCCUGGAGGUCCCUCUGCUGAGCAGGGAGGCAGGGUCCUAAGGAAGGGUGUUCCAUGCCCUCCACCUUGGCCCUUCACUCUUCGUUUCUGAACCCAUGCUGUGUGCCAGGGACCUGGCAGAUGUGACCCCUACAGAGCUUAUGUCAGGAGUGCUCCUUGCCAGCCUUAGUUUGGAGGCCACACUCCUGCCUCUGAAUUCUUUCCCAGAGAAUGAGGCCAGCUUUUGCCUGAAUCUGUAAUUCUGAAACUUGAUUAUGCUUCUCAGUGAUACAGAUUUCUAGGCUGGACACCAAACUUUAAUCCAAGUCUGGGCCCUGGGCCCAAGAGUCUGCAUCUUUAAUCCCAUCCCAAUUUACUAUUCUGAUGCAGCUGUUCCCUGGUCCAAAUAUUGAGAAACCUGGGAGAAGGGUUUGAGGGCCCCAGAAGCUGCAGGCCUGACCUUAGAGGGCCCCUGGGGGCCUCACUCUGUAGUUGCCUGUGGGUGGGGCAACUCUCAUGACCAGGCCUCUUGAGCCCAUGCCCAGGCCUGCUUGCUGACCCCGAAGCCAUGGGCACUGCCUGCUGCAUUCUCUCUGCUGACAACAGGCAGUGAGGCCUGACUCAACAAGAACCUCACUUCAGCGUCCAGGGACAGCAUCCAUAACCAGGCCUGCCAGGAAUUCCUGGCACUGGGAGGGCCUGUUGAGAUUUUUGCCUGGAAAUUCUGGACCACCUUAUAGUUCUUCGAUGCUUCUAUGAGGAUUUUUAAAAAAUUUGGUGAGUGGGCAAGAUUGUGGAAUAAGAAGACCCUGAGCUCAUCUCCUUCCAUGGGCACAGCAAAACUACAACUAUUUAUACACAACAACUAUUGACGAGAACGACAUGAAGACUAGCAGAAAAGAUCUUCUGCAACUAAAGAUAAAAUGAAGGAACCAUGAGACAAGUAGGAAGGGUGGAGACACAGUAUAGUCAAGUCCUAUACCCCCAGGUUGGUGCUUUUCUUUUGCAAACAUCCUGGUAUGGCCCUUCCAGCACUUGUGAGGAACUCCCUAAGGCAUUUUCCCUUCUCUUGUCUGACUACAGUGACUCUCCAGAACAGUGCUAAGUUGUGGGCAAUAGUGGACGGAAACCCUGACUACAAAUCAAAGAAGUGCUACAAAGAGGAGCCUCAAGCACUAACUGGCAGCCAUUUGGAGAUGACAGGUACUAAGAGAUUAUGUGUAGCAGAACCCAAUUCCAAAGAAAUCUAAGCUCCAAGGCUGGGAGGCAGCAGGUACUGGGAAUAGGUCUGGAGACCCACCGUAGGACCUCCUGGCUACACCACCCUGCACUGCACGAAGAUGGUGUUCACCCUGGUGCAGAGGGGCAGGCGUGUUUCCAGGGUGGUGGAUUGUGGGGGUGGGCCCAGACGGAGACGCUGGGGCCUGACCUGCUUCCUUCUUAGGUACCUUCUGCUCCUGCCCGGCAUCACAGUCCCUUCAACCCGUCUUCUCUGGCUUCUGCAGUUCCCAUUUCUGAGCUUCCUUAGCUCGCUUCUUGGCGCCAUGCUUCUUUCUCUUCCUCUCGUUCCACUUGUACGUGCCGCUGCCUGUUACUCUGACCUUCGUGUGUUCUAACAUCUUGUUUGCACACUGCUUACGCUGCUUCUCAUCUAAGCAACCACUCACCACUCUGGCUAGGACAAAGGCUGGAUCUGUCCUGCAGUAAACUGUCAGUGGAUUCUGUGUCCUCACACACUUGGUACAGCUGGACCGGAGUAAAACCACCUGCAACAGAGGCUGGCAGACACUGGCCAUCUGGUCAGCCUCCAGCUCCUGGGUCCCCUCAACAGACUGGUCCAUCCUGCCUGCCACUUUGUUCAGCCCAAGAAACCCAGGCUCUGGGGCUCCGACAGGCAGGGGGAAGGCAGCUGAGGAGCCACAGAUUUGUCUAGUGUCUAGGGCAGACACGCCUGCACCCUGCAACACUGCCACCUCACUGAGCUUUGAAUGUCAAUGUAGUUGUGGUAAUUCUGCUCAAAUAUAACACGUCAAAGUUUUGAUAUA